AUGAAAUCACCGAUUGAUGAAACAGUGGAGAAAAUGUUGAGAAGUAAGUCCCAAGUUUUCAGGAAAAAAUUAAAUAAUUAUUUUUCAGUUCGAUGGUUAGUAUGUUUGGGAGCUCUGUUACCAGGUGCUGGAUGUUAUUUCGUCGUGGCCUAUACAUAUGUUUUUCAAUUCAAAAAAGUUUCCAAUUUUACAGAAUGUAAAGAAUGCCCAAAUUUGAACAUGUAAGAUAAUUUGAAUGAAGUUCUAUAGUCAUUCACAUCUCUGAUUACAGUACCCUUCCACCAGUUUCAUAUUCAAUCGGAGUUUGGGAACCUCAAAAGUUCAUAUGGCUUUUUAUAAUGUUUAUUCAUCUUCCUCCUCGAUUAUUUUUCCUUACUUUAUAUCGCCGACUAUUUCUUAGUUUUGCACCAAAAUCAGUUUGGUAUGGUAGAAUAACUUGGAUUUAUAUGCAAACACUUUGGCUUGAACCAAUGGGUUUGAUUAUUGUAUCAGUUGUUGAUAUUAAUGGGGGAUUUAGUGAGUUCUUUUUUGAAACAAAAAAUAUGUAAAAUUGAAGAUUUUCAGUAAUUCAUGCUCUUGGAUUUGCGAUUUGGAUAAUCACUUUUAAUUUAAAUAUGUUGUUGAAUAUUGUGUUACAUCAUUUUGGAGGAUUGCGAGAAACACAUGGAACUGUAAGUUUUUUUUUCGCACGAAACCCCGAAUUUCCAGACCAACAAUAGGCUCGAAAUACCCAAGUUUUUAAACAAAAUUCAACUUUCAAAAGUCCAAUUUUCCUCAAAAGUGAAAUAAUGAAUCCGGCAAGAAAUCUAGAAAAAAUCAAUCAUUCAUUUCAGAUGGAAAACACGUGGCGAUUGAAAAUUGCAAUCUUUUUGGUUGGAUAUAUUUGCGCAAUUUCAACUCCAAUAACUUAUCCAUAUUUUAUGGCAAAUUGUUCACCAUUUGGUUAGUUUGAUUUUUUUUUGAAAAUUGCAUCAGUUCUAUGAUAUAUUACUAUCACAAGAUUACUGUAUUUUUGUCGUGUUGCAGACAAGAUAAGUGCAAAAAAACAACAUGAUAUCUAUAUUUCUUAUCAACGCACUUUGGAUACAUACUAUUUUUGAAAAAUACAAAAUAAUAAAUAACCUUAUCAAUUUCAGCCUACAACCUAUUUUCGCUGACCGAAUUAAUUGAAGUUGGCUGUAAUUCGUUGUUUUAUGCAAUUGCUUAUUUCGAAUUUCCAAAAACUCGAAUAACAAUUGGAAUAAAAAGUGUUCAAAAAGAUCUCGAUCAGCUUGGAAAUCGAAAAGCUCCUCCACUUCCAACAAAACAAAUCAUGUCAAUCGCAUGA